GUGAGUGUAUUAUCGUGAGGGGAGGGAGAAGAGAGAGAGCGAGAGAGCGAGAAACAGUCUCAGUUGUUUGAGAGGUUACAGGAUCAAUAGGCUGUCUUGUUUGGAGAGUAGCGCUGACUCUCUUGGAGCUGCAUGUGGUUCCGUGGAACAGGAGAGAGAGAGAGAACUGAGUAGCAGAAGAAGCGUUUUUCAGCAUGCUCACAGAACCUGAGCUGCCUCAGGAGUUUAACAGGAUGUCUUCCAAGCGACCAGCCUCUCCAUAUGGGGGAACAGAUGGAGAGGUAGCCAUGGCGACCAGCAGACAGCGCAUGGAUGAUGGCGAGAGUGACGGACACCCUGUCAUUCACUUACCCCUCAACUCCUACUGCAGCAAGGUGUCCCCUCGUUCACCACGGGCCCCCGACAGCCCCCCAACUCUACACAGCUCCAUGGAUCAGAAUGGCAGUAAGGGGCUGGCCCUGAGCCCGUACCCUGGCCACAGCACCUCGUCCCCGGGCAAGCCAGCGCAGGAGGAGGCCGGCCGGCUGGGCAGCGAGUCAGGUGGUGGCGGCGGUGGAGGCAGCGCGUCCGUGGGAACGCCCGAGAGGCGCAAGGGCAGCCUGGCCGACGUGGUGGACACGCUCAAGCAGCGCAAGAUGGAGGAGCUGAUCAAGAACGAGCCUGACGAGGCCCCCAGCAUUGAGAGGCUCUUAUCCAAGGACUGGAAGGACAAGCUACUGGCCAUGGGCUCCGGCAACUUUGGAGAGAUCAAAGGAACCCCGGACAGCCUGGCGGAGAAGGAGCGUCAGCUGAUGGGCAUGAUCACGCAGCUGACCAGCCUGAGGGAGCAGCUUCUGGCGGCCCACGAGGAGCAGAAGAAGCUGGCCGCCUCGCAGAUCGAGAAGCAGCGCCAGCAGAUGGAGCUGGCCAAGCAGCAGCAGGACCAGAUUGCCAGGCAACAACAGCAGCUUCUUCAGCAGCAGCACAAAAUCAACCUCCUGCAGCAGCAGAUCCAGCAGGUCCAGGGUCAGCUCCCUCCUCUCAUGAUUCCCGUUUUCCCGCCAGACCAGAGGACCCUGGCCGCGGCCGCGGCCCAACAGGGAUUCCUGCUCCCGCCCGGAUUCAGCUACAAACCUGGCUGCAAUGACCCAUACCCUCUGCAGCUGAUCCCCACUACCAUGGCAGCGGCUGCCGCGGCAACACCCGGCCUUGGUCCCCUCCAGCUGCAGCAGCUCUAUGCGGCUCAGUUGGCGGCGAUGCAGGUGUCUCCGGGGGCCAAGCACAGUGGGCUCCCCCAGGCCAACCAGGGCACCCACUCCCCCACUGGCAGCCAUGACAAGAGCCGUAGCACACCGCCACCAUCCAAGCACAAGGGAGAGGGCGCUGCUCAGCCCCUGAACCUGUCCGCCAAGUCUAAGCCAGCCGAGAGCAAGUCACCUACCUCCCCCGCUUCCCCACAGGUCCCCUCACUCAAGCUGGGCUCCGGGCUCCUCAAGCACAGCAGCGCCCCCUCCAGUGCCGGAGGCCCCACCGCCCGGGUCAGCUCCAUAGACCUGCUGUCCUCCAUCAGUUCAGGGGCCUACCUGAAUGACCACGAGGCAGUGACCAAGGCCUUCCAGGAGGCGCGGCAGAUGAAGGAACAGCUCAAGAGGGAGCAGCAGGUCCUGGACGCCAAGGUGGCCGCCGUCAACAGCCUGAGCCUCAACAAUGGCCGCUCAGACAAGGAGAAGGCUGCCCUUGAGAGUUUGAGCCAUCAGCUGAAACAGACAGAGGACAGCAAGUUCAGUCAUGCCAUGAUGGACUUCGGCAUGAGCGGAGACUCUGAUGGCAGUCCCAGUGUGUCGGACUCACGGAUGUUCCGUGAGGCUCGUGGCCGUGACCGGAACGAGCCUCACAUCAAGCGCCCGAUGAAUGCCUUCAUGGUGUGGGCCAAGGACGAGAGGAGGAAGAUCCUGCAGGCCUUCCCCGACAUGCACAACUCCAACAUCAGCAAGAUCCUGGGCUCCCGCUGGAAGUCCAUGACUAACCUGGAGAAGCAGCCGUACUACGAGGAGCAGGCGCGCCUCAGCAAGCAGCACCUGGAAAAGUACCCCGACUACAAGUACAAGCCCCGGCCCAAGCGCACCUGCCUGGUGGACGGCAAGAAGCUGCGCAUCGGCGAGUACAAGGCCAUCAUGAGGAACCGCCGGCAGGAGAUGCGCCAGUACUUCACCCGUGGGCAACAGGCCCAGCUGCCACUGGCCUCAGCAGGCGUGGUGUAUUCAAGCACCCUCUCCAUGGCUGGCAUGCCGUCCCCCCAGAUGCCCUCAGAACAUUCCAGCAUGUCCAGCAGUCCCGAGCCCGUGGCGCCACCCACCAGCCAGGGCUCCGCCUACCUCAGCAGCCCCGCCACCAAGGGGGAGGGACCUCGCAUCAAGGAGGAAGAGCUACGUCUCGACGACAGCAAUGGCGACGCCUACGAGGACUUUGACUACGACGAUGAUGACGGCGAUUACGUCAGCGACGGCGAGAACCACAUCACCGCCCAGUGAAGUGGCCAAUCAGAAGCCGCUGUCCAGUGAAAAAUCAGCCAAUCACAACCCACCAAACCUCUGCAUCAACCCCCACCCCCAACCCCCUGCCCCUUUUCACUCACAAACCCCUUCCCAAAACUUUUGCGGGACUCCAAUCUAAUGGGAGCCAGGCCCCUCCCCUCUUUCUCAAGCCCCACCCCUUUUCUCCCUUCAAACCAGCAAGCCAAGCACAGGACAGGAGCUGUCAAUCACGUUAACUGACUGUUACACAAACAUAGGUCUGAGUGGGCGGCCAUCUUUGGAUGUGGCCAUUGUGUUGCUAAGGCAGCUGACUGAUGCUGACCUGCUAAGAGAAACCAACAGGAGUGGAUUCAGUCCACCUAAGCAGACCUUGUUUGUUGUUGAAAUGACAUUGUUAAAGAGGAAAAUUUUAAAAUCAAGAGGACCUGAUAAAGUUGAAGAUAAAAAACACUUUUUAAAAAAGGUUGGCGUGUUUGUUUAUAUGAAGAGACACUUUUAAACAGGAGUUUUUGUUUUCUUUUGUUUGUUUGUUUAUUUGUUUUAUUUGUUUGUUUUCUGGGUUCUUAAAUAUUCUCACUCAGGUACACGGUGCCAAUAAGUGGCUUGUGAAUGUGACUUGUUGUUUUUGUGCUCUUGUUUCGCUAGACGUUCUUUUGUUUCAUUGUAAAGCACCUGACCCGUGGAAGAAAAGAAGGAAGGACACUCGCUUUUCUUUUCUCUCGAUCCACGGCGUGUUAGCAGCGAUUCUCUCGCUCUGUUUUUACCCCUUCCCCACCCCACCACAAUCUCACUCUCUUUCCAUCAGAUGUCUGAUCGCAUCUCUCACCGUCCGACAACGACUGAACUGACCAGGAGGACCAAUCAGUGUCCUCUGCCAUGGCACAGUCUGGACACGAGACAGACAGUAUCCUCCGAUACACAUCACAGAACAGUGUUGAUUUUCAACCGACACACAUAUUGAUUUGUGCUGUAUUGAAGACAUAUCUGAGACUUGUUUGAGACAUAUUUGAGACUUGUUUGAGACAUAUUUGAGACAAAUAUUCAGUUUGGAUCACUCAGCAUAUGUUCAUCGUUUCAAACCCUCACUGUUCAUAGACGUGGAUUUAAUCUGUGAGAGGUUCACCUCAUGGAACAUUUGUCAUACUCAACAUUUGAUGUGAGAUGUUUGAAAAUGUUUGAGAGCAGUAGACACACACACACACACAUCUCUCUCUCACUCUCUCUCUCUCUCUCUCUCUCUCUCUCUCUCUCUCUCUGUGUUCUGUCCCUGGGACUGGAUCUGUUAGUGAAUUGGCACUCAGACAAGAUGAGAGUCUCUCUCCCUCUCUCUCCCGCCCCAAAGGAAGCUCCCAGUAGUCAGCGUUUAGAGAAUUACUCUGCUCCUUAAAAUCAGAAGUAAAAGCACAGUCUCUUUCUGUGUGUGUGUGUGUGUGUGUGUGUGUGUGUGUGUGCGCGUGUGCGCACGUGUGUGCAGUGUGUGUGUGUGUGUGUGAGAGAGAGAGAGUGUGUGUACAUGUGUGUCUUCCCAGGCAGUGUUUGAACAGCCUCUCUUCAGUGACAAAUCUCUCUUUAGGGGGUUCUUUCUCUUCCGCUCCCUCCUUCUCUCUCUCUCUCUCUCUCUCUCUCUCUCUCUCUCUCUCUCUCUCUCUCUCUCUCUCUCUCUCUCUCUCUCUCUCUUUCUCUCUCUCUUCAUCACCACUCAUCCCUCUGUGCCCUGAUGCAGCUCUGACUUUAUUACUCUCCUUCUCGCCGCACCUGUGAUGUGAUGAGUGUUGCUACGGCGGCGCCUUCAUAUCCACGGUGACGGACGGCUCAGUGUGACACUGUCAUGGAAGCCCAGACUCCUCACAGAUCCAUCCUUUCUCUCCCUCUCUCUCUCUCUCUCUCUCUCUCUCUCUCUCUCUGUGUCUGAUGUCAAAACUCCCUAACGGUCUCUUUCUUUUAGAAAUCCUAAUCUGUUGCCAAUGUUGCAACAUCCUUCCACAAAGUUAUAACUAUAGAAUAUCCAACUCUCAAUCAUAUCUCAUACCAUAGCUAACCAGAGCUGUUUGUGUGUGUGUGUGUGUGUGUUUGUGUGUGUGUGUGUGUGUGUGUGUGUGUGUGUGUGUGUGUGUGUGUGUGUGUGUGUGUGUGUGUGUGUGUUAUAAUGCUGCUCUCCACUGUCAACUCUCACGCUAUUGCUUUAGGGUAUUGCCCAUUUCUCAUUCACGUCGUACUCAUGGUUACUCUGCUGUCCUCACUUGAGGUCCCCAUUGGCUGGGUGGGGUGUCACUCAACUGGCCCCACCCACCGCAAGGUGGCUGUGCUGUUGUCAUUGGAGGAGGAGCUGAACUCACUCUGCAUGUAGUGUUUUUGUUAG